AACCUUCAUGCACUCAGUUGACACAAAACGCAAUGAUGUUCGGCUGAGAGCGGUGGUCCGGUCGUGUGUUCGUGUAGUCUAGCGAAUUCAGUGAAUUAAGUAUUUCCGACUCCACCGGCGUUCAGCUCGCCACCGCGCGUCGCCAUGGCGGACGAGGAGAACAACUGUGAUGACGGUGGUGAUCUGAAGUUAGGGCAGGCGUUCCGGCAGCGGGGCCGAAAGGGUGCCCUGAAAAAGAAGAAUGUUUAUUUCGUGAAGGAUCACAAGUUCAUGCCGAGGUUCUUCAAGCAGCCGACGUUUUGCUCGCACUGCAAGGAUUUUAUAUGGGGUUUCGGCAAACAAGGCUUCCAAUGUCAAGUAUGCAGUUUCGUGGUCCACAAGAGAUGCCACGAGUACGUCACGUUCACGUGCCCCGGCGCCGACAAGGGAGCGGAUUCCGACGACACCCGCACGCGGCACAACUUCCGCGCCCACACGUACGCGUCGCCGGCGUUCUGCGACCAUUGUGGAUCGCUUCUCUACGGACUCAUCCACCAGGGGCUCAAGUGCCAAGCAUGCGACAUGAACGUGCACAAGCGGUGCGAGGAGUCGGUGCCCAACCUGUGCGGCUGCGACCACACCGAGCGGCGCGGACGCAUACAGCUAACUGUCACCUGCACCGGAAACAAGCUCACUGUCGAAGUAAAGCAAGGCCGCAACCUGAUCCCGAUGGACCCGAACGGUCUCUCCGACCCCUACGUCAAGAUGAAGCUGAUCCCCGACUCUGACAACGUCAAGAAAAAAACCAAAACCAUCCGCAGCACCCUCAACCCCGUCUGGAACGAGACGCUCACCUUCGAUCUGAAGCCGGAGGAUAAGGACCGUAGGCUGCUUAUUGAGGCCUGGGACUGGGAUCGCACAUCCCGCAAUGACUUCAUGGGCUCCCUUUCCUUCGGAAUCUCAGAACUGAUGAAGGCCCCCGCCGACGGCUGGUUCAAGUUCCUCACCCAAGAAGAAGGCGAGUUCUACAACGUGCCAGUACCCGAGGAAGGUGCUGACUUGGCCCAGCUGAAGACCCAGAUGAGAGCGACCACUGUUGGGUCACGACGGGCCCCGCCACCGCCAGACAGGGAGGUUCCACAUAACAUGGCGGCCUCUGAUGUUAUCCGAGCAUCCGAUUUCAACUUUAUAAUGGUUCUUGGCAAAGGAUCGUUCGGAAAGGUAAUGUUAGCCGAACGCCGCGGAACAGACGAGCUGUAUGCCAUCAAGAUCCUAAAGAAAGACAUUAUAAUCCAAGACGACGAUGUGGAGUGCACGAUGGUGGAAAAGAGGGUGUUGGCGCUUAGCAGCAAGCCGCCGUUCUUGGUGCAACUUCAUUCCUGCUUCCAAACUAUGGAUCGCUUGUACUUCGUGAUGGAGUACGUGAACGGAGGGGAUCUGAUGUUCCAGAUACAACAGUGUGGGAAAUUCAAGGAACCCGUUGCUGUGUUCUACGCAGCGGAGAUAGCAAUCGGUCUGUUCUUCCUGCAUUCCCGCGGGAUCGUGUACCGCGACCUGAAGCUGGAUAACGUGCUGCUGGAUCAGGAUGGCCACAUUAAGAUCGCAGACUUCGGCAUGUGCAAGGAAGGCAUCAACGGCGACAAGACCACUAAGACCUUCUGCGGAACCCCCGACUACAUCGCACCAGAGAUCAUCCUCUACCAACCGUACGGGAAGUCCGUGGACUGGUGGGCGUACGGCGUGCUGCUGUACGAGAUGUUGGUGGGACAGCCGCCAUUUGAUGGCGAAGAUGAGGAGGAAUUGUUCGCUGCUAUCACUGAUAAUAGCGUGUCGUACCCCAAAACACUUAGCAAGGAAGCCAAGGACGCGUGCAAGACGUUCCUAAUGAAGAACCCUCAGAAGCGGCUCGGCUGUGGCCUCAAGGGCGAGGAAGACGUGCGCACGCACCCGUUCUUCCGCCGCAUCGACUGGGCGCGCAUCGAGGCGCGCGACGUGCAGCCACCCUUCAAGCCUAAGAUCAAACAUCGCAAAGACGUGUCCAACUUCGACAAGCAGUUCACCACGGAGAAGACCGAGCUGACGCCCACCGACAAACUCUUCAUGAUGAAUCUCGACCAGACGGAGUUCAUGGGAUUCUCUUUCCUCAACCCCGAAUAUGUGCAGCACGUCUGAACGUUCAGGGUUGAUCUUCUCUCCAAUAUCGACGCUGGCGCGAAAUCGGCAUCGGUUUCUGAACGUGAGCUCUCUCUAUCUCUGUCGCUCUCACGGCGCCUGCCGUUCAUUAUCUCACUUCGACUAUGAACUGUUCCGUUCGAAAACUAUGAUCUGUAAUUUGUAUUCGUUAAUAUGUUGACGGAAUCGUAACUUGGAAUUUUUAGAAACACCAUUUUUUCGUAGGUGUAAGUAUAAGAUGUAAUUUAAUCGUUUGCUCAUUUUAUACCUAAAAUGUUUAUUUACCCAUCCAUUAAGACAUG